CAGUUCCAAAAUGAUUUCGCACAUGUGGAAAAAUUCGGUGAUAUCUGCAGCAAGUAAUGAUAACAAGAAAUAAAGAUGAAAUCUAAAGCAUCUAAAGUUGAGCAAAGAAGAAGAAAGAAGCAAAACGAUGCUUCAAAUAUUCGUGCAAAUCCGUUUGAGCUUAGGAUAAAUCGUCAAAAGUUCAAAGUGAUUGGACGAAAGUCAAAACAUGAUCGUGGCCUGCCUGGUGUCUCAAGAACAAAAGCAAUUAAAAAGAGAAAAGAAACUCUGCUUCAAGAGUUCAAACACAGGAACAAGGCUGGGACUUUUGUUGACAGGAGGUUUGGAGAGUUUGACUCUGAGAUGAGCUUGGAGGAGAGAAUGCUAAAGAGAUUUACACUUGAGAAACAGAAACACCAUGAAAGUAAAAAGCUAUAUAACUUAGAUGAUGAUGAGGACUUGACGCAUUACGGCCAGAGCUUGGGAGAAAUGACAACUUUUGAUGAUGCAGAUUUAAAGUUAACAGAUGAUGAAGAGGACAAUGAGGAUAAGACUGGAGUGAAUAACUUUGGAGGCUUUUUAAAGAAAGUCGAAAGGCCAGAUGGAAGAGAGGAGGUUGAGAAACAGAAGUCAAAGAAAGAGAUUAUGGAGGAAAUUGUUGCUAAAUCAAAGCUCAAGAAGUUUGAGCGACAAAAAGCCAAAGAAGAAGCAUUCCAGCUCACACAAGAUCUUGAUUCGGAUUGGAAAUUGAUCCAAGGCUUGCUAUCAAAAAGGGAGGAUGAGAAGUCUGCCAAGGCAGAUGACUACGACAUUCUUGUGAAUGAACUCUUGUAUGAAACCAAAGCCAAGCCAAAGGAAAGAAUGAAAACUGACGAAGAAAUUGCCAAAGCAGAGAAAGAAAAGCUUGAAAAACUCGAGGCAGAAAGAUUGGAGAGAAUGCUCUCAAAGAGUGAGAAAAGUCACCAUCAUCUUUCAGCGGAUUAUCUUGGUGAAAGACAAUUCAAAAAAGAAGAUAAGAGAUUUGAACUUACAUUUAAAGAUGGAAAAGCUGUUCUGCCUGAUGAAGCCUUCGACACUUCAAAUACAAAGAAUGAUGGUUUAGAGCUGUUAGAACCUGAUGUUGAAGAUGACGAAGAUUUCGAUGAUGAUGCGGAAAGUGGAAGCGAGGAAGAAGGCGAGGACGAUGAUUUUGACGAAGAAGCUGAUGAUGACGAUGCCGAGGAUGAUGAAGAAAGCGAUAUUGGUGAAGAAGAAGCGGACAACGUUGGCAAAACAGAAGGGAAAAUGUCAGCAGCAAAUGUAAUAAAGAAGUUAGAUACAGGGAUUCUUGAUGAAGCUAGCAAAGAGCACAGUAUUAUGGACACAGACACUGGCAGAGAAUUACCAUUUACCUUCAAAGCUCCAAAUGAUUUGCAGGAGUUUUUGUCAAUAGUUGGAGGAUGGCCGCACGAACAGCAGUUAUGUAUUAUCGAUCGAAUACGGAAAUGUCAUCCUGUGAAAAUUGACGAAAAGAAUAAAGCUAAAAUGGAGACGCUGUUUGGCAUACUUCUAGAGUUCAUCGACCAUCUGUGUGAUCAAAGCCCGAUUCCUUUUGCAUUCAUAAAUCAGUUGGCAAGACCGAUAUUCGACCUUGUCAAAGACAGUUCUUAUCACUGUGCCGCGGAGGUUCAGCGGAAGUUACGUCAUAUGUUCAAACGAUUUUGGAUAAAGCAUCAGACAUACGGGGGUAGACAUGCGAUGCCGGAUAUCAAAGAGCUGAUUCUUCUGGUGAUCAUAUCAAAAGUAUUUCCUGUCUCUGACCUGAAACAUGGAAUUACCACCCCAGCGUUGAUUUUCAUGGCUGCAGUUCUCUCGAAGAGUCACUUUCAAUCAGCGGCUGAUUUGCUGUCAGGGCUAUUCAUAUCAAACAUACUUCUUGAGUUCCAAUUGUUGUCAAAACGUUUUGUGCCAGAAGUUAUCAAUUUUCUUUGUGCGGUUCUUUCUAUGGCAACUAAACCUAAAAGCACACUGAAAUAUUCACCGUCGCUGCAAAUACAUAACAAAAACAAGAACUGCCUUUACCUGGAAGACAAAACCAAUAAAAAUGGAAGGAAAUUGAAGCUGUCGGAUUUAAAAGACAGUAAUGAGAAACUGCGAAAUCUCGAAGUAGAAACAAGGGUAUCUGUUCUCAGACUUGGGGUUAAUUUGACAAAAAGAUUUGCUGGAUUAUACAAAGAUCUUUCCUCAUACUCAGAAGUGUUUGCUCCUGCAAUAGAGGCAAUCAAGCUUAUUCCACUGGAUCGAUAUCCUCAACAGAUACAGGAAGAAAUUUCACAACUUCGUGGGUUACUGGAGAACAGUUCAGAACGCCAGCCAUUGACUCUUCUUCAUAGGAAACCGAUACCAUUGCCGUUGCUUGAACCCAAAUUCGAUGAGAGUUAUGAAAUUACAUCAAAGAAGCGGUCAAAAGACAAAACUGUUAAUGAACGAAGCAAAUUGAAGUACAAAUACAAAAGUGAAAUGAAGGGUGCAAUAAGAGAGAUCCGAAAAGACAGCCAGUUUUUGGCAAAGGAGAAGUUACACCAAACUAUGCAAAGGGAUGCUGAACGCAGAGGUAGGACAAAGGAAAUUGAAAGGCAACUUGCAGAACAGCAAGGAGAACUUAAAGCGCUUGAUAAACUUAAGAAGAAAAAGAGAUAAAAUAAUUUUUUUUUCACUAAGUCUUUAUGAUAAAACAAUUCAAACUAAAAUUGCCAUAUAAUAGCAUUAUAAUAUGGAACUUUGCAUUCUCAGGCAUUUACUAAAGUAUUGAUAUGCCUUCUUCUCAGGCUAUUUCCUUCUUAAGUCUUCAUUCAGAAAUUGAACAGUGCCUAGAAACAAGUUAUAAAAAUAUCCUUCACUGAAUAUAACUAUGAAAGUGGCCAUAAGAAAAAUAGGUGA